UGUCCAAUGUUGCCACGGGCGCGGGGGCGGUGGGACCGGUCGGUCGCACGCCCGACCCGCCGACCUUACGUACCGUUCACUGUACGCAAACUCCGUCUCUGAGUGCAUCCUCUUAAAAUGCAACUCUUGUGCUAAUUAUUAAAUAGAUUGUGUGUGAACCAGACAUUGAUUUGUGCAUGAUAUCAAGUUGGAACAUUGCCUGAUUGGAUAAUGUGAAAGAUGCUGGCAUGGAAGUUUGGUGCCUACAGGGCUCGGAGAAGGAAGCAGUGGUUUCGCGGGUAGUAUGGCAGAAACAGCUUCAAUAACUUACAAUCAGAAAUACAUGCGCAAGCGACGACGGCUGUCGCAGCUACUUGAUAAACUGGCUGUCCAGAUACGAAACAAUAACCAUUACCCAUUACCACAGUGGCUGAUGUUAGACUCUUCUUGUUACGACAACAAACAGUCGGAGGACAGGCCUCUCGACCUUUCCACUAAAUCGGAAACUCUGAAACCUGUGACCGAGCAGCCGGGGUUCAUGUGUGAGACUUGUGGUCAGACUUUCACGGUCCAUGAUCGUUUAGCCAAGCAUGUCGCGUCUAGACAUAGAGAUAGAGCACCUGAAGCGACCAGACCAUACGAAUGCGAAGUAUGCCGUCGUCGUUUCGCUCGCUCAGACAUGUUGACCCGCCACGCUCGCUUGCACAGCGGUGUUAAACCGUACUCCUGUUCAGCGUGUGGUCAAGUAUUCUCUCGUUCGGAUCAUUUAGCCACUCAUCAGAGGACUCAUACAGGUGAAAAACCAUAUCGCUGCCCAUCUUGCCCUUACGCUGCUUGUCGCCGAGAUAUGAUCACGCGGCAUAUGCGGACUCACACGCGACGACCACAACCUGCUGAAAUUUAAAUACACGAGAUUUAGCAUCUUUAGUUUUAAAUCUAUCCUAGAAUUGGUUUUUCCAAUUCGUAAUAUUAUUUAUUUUCUAAUUCAGGGCUAUCGAGGCAUAUUCCCUUCUACGGUGGAGUGCGCAUUGCACAGUGGGUAAGACAUAUCCCAUUGCAAUUCAGAAAAAAAUGCGAAUGUGCAAGCAUUUUUGUCAUUGUUGCGAAUUGAGAAAAAUAUAAUUGGGGUGAACAUAACUAGUGAUUGGAGAGUAUUAGUCUUUGGAUAGAGCACAAAAACACAAUAUU